CGCCCCGCCGCCCGCCGAGACGUUACCGGCCAGGACUCCGCGGGACGCGAUGGCGGGCAGUGCGGUGGAGGCACGGCAGCUGGUCUCCUUGGUGCUGCUGGGCCUGCUGCGCUUUGCCUUCAUGGUGUCCAACAACGUGGUGGCCAUCCCCUCCUACUUCUGCUACCUGCUGGUCCUGCAGCCGCUGCGCCUGAUCGACCCGCUGCGCUUCUGGUACCUGGAGGGCUUCCUGUUCAAGUGGCUGCUGGGCCUGGUGGCGUCCUGGGGUUGGUCUGCUGGAUAUUCAGUGAUGGAGUGGGGGGACGACAUCAAAGCUGUUGCAGAAGAUGAGUCAGUGAUUCUGGUGAACCACCAGGCCACUGGGGACGUGUGUACUCUCAUGAUGUGCCUGCUGGACAAAGGCCAGGCGCCGUGUCAGAUGAUAUGGCUGAUGGAUCAUAUUUUUAAGUACACAAACUUCGGAAUUAUAUCGAUGGCUCACGGCGACUUCUUCAUCCGCCAGGGCAAGUCCCACCGGGAUCGGCAGCUGCUGCUCCUUCAGCAGCACCUGGAGCGCAAUUACCGCAGCCGAGGCCGGAAGUGGAUCGUCCUGUUCCCCGAAGGCGGUUUCCUGCGCAAGCGGCGAGAGACGAGCCAGGCCUUCGCUCAGAAAAACCAACUUCCCAAGCUCACACACGUCACCUUGCCCAGGGUGGGCGCCACCAAUGUCAUCCUCAACACCCUGGUGCCACGGCAGGAAAAUGGGAGCCUGGCGGGAGGUGACUCCAAAGGCCCAGAGAGCAAACCCAAAGGCCUCCAGUGGGUCAUAGACGUGACCAUCGCCUACCCCAGAGCCGAGCCUCUUGAUAUCCAGACGUGGAUUCUUGGCUACCGGAAGCCGACAGUCACACACGUCCAUUACAGGCUCUUCCCCAUCAAAGAUGUGCCUCUGGAGAGUACCGCUCUCACAGAUUGGCUCUACCAGCGCUUCAUCGAGAAGGAGAAGCUCUUGGCUCACUUUUAUGAAACAGGCGCCUUCCCUCCAGCCGAAGGCCACAAAGAGGCAGUCUGCAGGGAAAUGACCCUCAGCACCCUGUGGCUCUUUUUCAUCCAGUCCUUCGCGUUUCUGUCCGGCUACAUGUGGUACCGCAUCUUGCUGUACUGCUACCACUGCCUAUUCUAGAAGCUGGCCCGCUCCGGCCACGGGACCACGGGAGCCUCACUGGCACAUGGAUGCGUCCCUUCCAUAACCAGACAGACAAAUGCCGCGGACACAAGCGCAGAGUGGCCAACGACAGAUGGAUCUCUGUCUGGUCUCUGUCUGGUCUCUGUCCAGUCUGUCUGGUUUCUGUCUGGUCUCUGUCUCCUUCAGGGGUAUGUCAGACUCCGCUGCAGCAAGGUCAGGACUAGAACAACCGGCUCAUAGGUUUUAUGGACCUUGUCACAUUUUAAAAAGUUUUUCUCUACCCCAUGUCGACGCUUGGAGGUGAGGAAGCCUCAGACCUCCCAUUGUCGGUGACCAACUGACCCUCCGAGGGUGCUUACACCCUUGCAGUGAGGUGGGGGUGGUGUCAGUGGGUCCAGGGGACCUGGG